AUGGAUGCGCAGAAUGCUGCCGGGUCCGACAAGCCGAAGCCCGUCGCUGCUGCGGAGAAGCGACCGGGCAAUCACCAGCCUGACGAGUCCAAGGAGUCCACCAACAAACCGCCAAAGACUGCAGAAGAGUCCAUCAAAGUACCACCAAACCUGCCAAAGGACAUCAAGCCCAGCGUAACCGUCUCUCGUGCGCCGCCUGCCGCCGAUGACGCUCCCGCCGAGAGAGACUCGGAUGCCGAAACCAUCGUCUUGCCGGGGAAGGACGGUCACUCGCCUUCCAAGGCUAGAAAGGUAAAGCACGAGGAUCGCAGCGAUGGAGAGAUCCCAGUCCCCCGCAAGAACCGUGAUACCAGUGCCCCCGGAGACGGAGACAAGGACAAGUCCGCCAAACCUCCUCGCCUGCUGUCCGAAGGAGCUUCCUCGUUGGGAAUGAAAAAGAAACGCCUUCACGAUCAAUCCGUUCGAACCAAGGAUGGCUCCAGCGGCCUGAGUUCGGCCCCUGCAUCUCCCCCGAGACGUCGAAUCGGUGGACACUCCGAUUCCGACACGGGCGCUGACCGUAGGAAAUCUCCCAAGUUGCCCAUCAAAGACCGAGCCAAAUCCACCGACCGGACAAUUCCCCACAAACGCAAAGCUCCCAAGGCAGACUCGGAGGACGAGGCCGAGAACCGAAAGGCUCGACGACAACGCAUUUCAGAUACUGGCAUCGAAGUUCGACCGAAUCGUGCUCCCAAGGAACACAAGCCGUCUUCGUCCAGGAGAGAAAACGAGGGCCACUCAGGAUCUCGUACCAGAUCCGUAUCUCCCCACCACCCACGUGCCCACCGACGGAGCAUUUCGACGCAACUUCCUGCAAACUCGUCUAAUGGUCUGAGCCACAAGAAGAAGCGAUUGCCUCCCCCGCUCCAGUCGACCGACUAUCACUCGGAUGAAUCUUCUGCGAGCGGCAGCCCCCAUCCCCGAAGCUCCAAGCUCCGAAAUCUUUCGACACCCGCCACCGCCGAGUCAAACAUGUCACCUGCUAAGAUCGCGCCACACAAGAAACAUCUCGAUGCUCACGGUCAAACUUUCCUCGCGAGGGCCUGCGCCCGGGGCGAAUACGAUAUCGCGAAGCAGCGACUCGGUGAGCGGCCUGAAGACCUCAACGUCGCCGACUACGCAGGAAACACGCCACUCCAGAUCGCUGCAAUUAAUGGUUACGAAGAUAUCGUUAAGCUUCUCAUCGACGCCGGCUGCAACCUGGACUGUGUGAAUUAUGACAAGGACACACCAUUGCUGGACGCCGUCGAUAACGGUCACUUGGGCGUCGUGAAGCUGUUGCUGAAUGCAGGUGUGAACCCGCGGAAAGCUAAUGUGAGCGGCGAGGAGCCCCUUGACCGUAUUAGCGAUGACCUGGAGAACGCCGCGGAGUUUCGUGCCGCACUCACCGAAGCAAAAUCUCGGCAAGGCGAGCGGCGACGCACUUCGGAAGACCACCACUCUGUCGACCACCAAGACGGCCGUUCCUCGCUUGGACCGGACAGUCCGCGACGGUCGCCCGCGCCUUCAUCCGCCAAUGCAAGCGGUCGCCGAGCCGGAACUGUACGGGCUACGAAGACAAGCAACUACCUACUGUACAUGUCCCUGGACGACAAGACCCUCCGGCAGGCUGCUGCAAGAGGCGAUGAGGAAACGGUCACAAGGAUUUUGCAGGUCAAAGAUGGCUGCGACGAUUCCGAAGCAAUGGUUGCCGCAGCUCGAGGUGGACAUGAAGUGGUCAUCCAGCUGCUUUUGGCCCUGGGUGGCGCAAACCCAGAUCCUGCGCCAGUUCCGAGUAUGCCACCAGAGUUUGCGACACCUAUGCUAGCCGCGAUAGGCCAGGAGAAUAUCAAGGUGGUUAGGUUGCUCUUGGACCAGACAAACUUUGACCCGACUCGUCGGUUCAAAGGAGAGACAUACCACGAAAUCGCGCGACGUCGACAAGGAACGAACUGGAAAGAUGAGGAACACAUGCUCAAGGAAGCUUACGACGCGUACAGAAAGUCGCAUCGUGACAUAUCCAAGACCAAGUCUCCGAACAGGCGCGAACGUGAAAGGGAACGUGAGCGAGAACGCGACCGCGACCAAGAACGAGAGGCCAAGCGACAGGGUCGUCAUGAACUCAAAGAAGAAGCUCGGGCGCACAAACGAAACCUAUCUAGCCCCUCUCGCGACCCUGAGAACCGGAAAAAGUCUGCCAGUCGAAAUAUCACCAGUCCAAAGGAAAAACGAAGGUCUGACUCUUUCCACGAUGAAACUUCACCGAAGCGCGGCCCUGGUCGACCUAGGAAAGAGGACAGAGUACCUACCAUUGCAGUGUCCGAUCGAGAAGCGUCACCUGCACCAUCACAGAAACAAUCCGUUAAGGCUGCGAAGCGAGCCGAAUCCGACGUUGCCAUGUCAUCUGAAGGGGAAGCUGUCAAACCGCGGAGGAAGUUGAUCUCUAAGGGCGAACUUCGCGGCGAGAGGGAGAAGAACCGACGUGCUAGCAUGGUGUCAACCACGUCUUCUCUCAAGGAUCCAUCGAGUCCACGUGACCCGAAGCACGAUGAUCAUCCCGAGAAACCGAAAGGCGAGCCCUUGUCUGAGAAGUACCAUGAUCGGACGAAGGCCCUCAAGAGGGACGAAUCCAGAGAUCGUCUGUCGGUUUCGGGUGACCACUCGUCCAAGAGGCAUCGUUCAAGCGUCACUCCGCCUCACUCGAGCACUGGAGAAAAGGAAGAUGGCGAGGUUCCCACCAAGAGGAGGCGACUUGACGUUGACGGCAAGGAGCGACGGCCCAAGUCGACAGCAUCGCCAGAUGACCCGCACCGACUACCACGAGAUGGACCACCACGGUCCAAGUCGAACCUCAGGGAUCAUGACGACAGCGAGCGCAGACCUACGAAAGCCAAACCAGAUUCCGACGGUCAUAGGAGGGAAUCCGGCAAGUCGAGCAACAGUGACAAGUCAAGCAUUCACGUCAAGUCAGAAGAUGUCGAUAUCGAAAUGCCGGAUGCUUCUGAUGUCAAGGACGUGGAGGAUGAAAUCCGUGUUAAAAAGGAGCGAGAUGACGACAAGCAACGACGGCUGGAGGAGAAGGAGAGGCGCAAAGAGGAGAGGCGACAGGAGGAGCGAAAGCGACGUGAAGCUGAGGCUGAAGAGAAUCGCAAGAAGGAGGAAGAACGGCGACAACGCGAGGCGGAUGAGAAGAAGCGGGAGGCUGAGCAGAAGAAACGUGAAGCUGAGCAAAAAGAGCGCGAGGCCGAGGAGAAGCGGCUGAGAGAGGAGGAGGAGGCCAAACAGCGUGAAGAAGAGCGCAAACGAAAGGCUGAGCUCGAGAAGAAGCGUCAAGAAGAGGAAGAGCGGCAACGUCGUGAGGCCGAGGAGAAGAAGCGCCGCGAGGAAGAAGAGAAACGCCUUAGGGAGGCGGAGGAAAAGAAACGCCGCGAAGAAGAAGAACGCAAGAGGAAAGAGGAGGAAGCCCGAAAGCAACGCGAGGAGGAGGAAAGGCUGCGCAAGGAACAGCUCGAGCGUGAAGCCGCAGAGGAAGCCCGUCGCCUGAAGGAAGAGGAGGAGCGCAAAGAACGCGAGCGCAAGGAGCGUCUGCAUCGCGAGGAGAUGGAACGCAAGCGUGCCGCGAAAGAGGCUGAACAGCGCCGAAUCCAACAGGAACAAGAGCGCUUACGUCUCGCAAAACUCCCCCCUCUCCUGCGUUGGCUCGACGGCUGUCCGAAUCCGAAGAGCCCUGAGCUGGCGGCCAAAUUCAAGCAUAUGCAAGGUGUGCGGUACGACACCAUUCGUCCUCAGGCUUCCGGUACACCUGACGGCAGGGAGCAGUGGAUUCUCAACACUCACGCUGCUUUGCUUCUCGGCGAAAAGGAUCUCACCUUGUCAAGAUAUACCGCCUGGGAGCAUGUUCCUGUCUCUGACCUCGCCAAAAAGGUCCUCUGGAGACUCGAAGCGGACCGCUACGCAUUGAUCACCGAGACUCUCUACGAACUCGGUGCAGGUCUGCCAGCCUACUAUGGCGAGGGCCAGGAUCCUUUCAAAAUGAACUACCGCCUGAAGGAAAAGCUUCGUGGGGAAGCGCGAGAGAAGUUCUUGAAGCUGGACAUGUUCUUUGUGAAGGUAUCGGACUUCAUGUUCAUCACCCCGAGCAUUCCUCACCUGCGGAACCUCAAGAUGAGCGUCGAAUACCGUGAACUUCCAGAGAAUGAGGGCCAACUUUACGGAUGGAAAGUUCCCGAAAAAUGGCGACAAGACCCCGACGCGGACCGAUUUUAUGGGUUUGCGCCGAGAAACAAGUACUACAUCAACGGCGUUAUGGUCGAGGAACAGAAACCCGGACUGUCUGCUACGAGCAGCACACCAUUUCCUGAGAAGCGGGUUCCUCGAAAGGGCCUCCAGCAAAUUUUCCCUGGCGAUCCCGACUACCCUCGCCUGUGCAAAGAGCAAGGGCUCGAGCACCUCUUGAAUGGCACCAAAAGCCCGGUGCUACCCAACGGCGGACAUCUUUCGCCGAGGAGCCAGUCCAAUGCUACGGAGACAUCGGCCGAGCCCGUAAAUGGCAAUCAUAACACUGCUCCCUUGCCCGCGCUCGUGCCCGCGACCGAGGCAAGACCUCUUCCAAACGGCGUUAACGGCAUCGCGACUUCGGGAUCCAGCUAG